GCCAACGAGAUUUCUAUUCUUCUCUGACAUUCUCAAUCACCUAUUACAACCAUGUCCGCCCCCCAAGUCGACCUCAAAAAGCCCGAAGUCCCCAAGGAAGAGGCUGCCCAGCAGGAGAAGGGCCUCUCCAACGAUGCUCUCACAAAGUACACCACCGCCGGUCAGGCCUUGACAGAUGUCAUCAAGAAGUUCAUCCCCCUCGUCGCCCCCGGCAAGAAGGUCCUUGACCUGUGUAUCGAAGGUGACAAGCUCGUCGCCGACACUGUCGCUCCCCUCUGGAACAAGCCCAAGAACGGUGUCAAGGUCGUCAAGGGCUCCGCCUUCCCCACCUCCAUCUCCGUCAACAACACCGUCUCUCACGUCUCUCCCCUCCCCUCCGACCCCGAGAUUGUCUUGAAGGACGGCGAUGUCGUCAAGAUCAUGCUCGGUGUCCACCUCGACGGCUACCCCGUCACCCACGCCGAGACCAUCCACCUUUCCUCCAAGACCGACGGCCUUGCCGCUGACGCCAUCAAGGCUGCUUACGAAGCUGCCCAGGCUGCUAUGAGGACCGUCAAGGUCGGCGGAAAGAACUGGGACGUUACCGAGGUUGUCGAGAAAGUUGCCAAGUCUUACGACUGUGUCGGUGUUGAGGGUAUGCUGAGUUGCCAACACGAGAAGGAUGUCACGGACGGAAAGAAGAGGGUCUUGUUGAAUCCUUCACCGGAGCUCAGGCGGGACCACGAGACCGUUACUUUCGAGGAGGGUGAGGUUUACGGUAUCGACGUCUUGGUUGUUACUGGUACCAACGGCAAGUCCAAGGCCGAGUCUGCGCGAACUUCCAUCUACAAGCGAUCCGACAUUAACUACCAGCUCAAGAUGAAGACUUCCAGAACCGUCUUCUCCGAGAUCACCAAGAAGGCUGGUCCCUUCCCUUUCUCUCUCCGUGCGCUCGAUGACGAGAAGAGGGCGAGGAUGGCUGUCCAGGAGGCCGUUACCCACGGUCUCUUGAAGCCUUACGACAUCACCCAGACUGCCGCCGGCACUAUCGUCGCCGAGUUCUUCUUCACCAUUGCCCUCCUUCCCGCCGGUCCCAUCCUCUUGUCUCCCACCCCUGUUUGGUACUCUGCUGACAAGGUCUCCUCUUCUAAGUCUAUCGAGGACCAGGAGCUCAAGGAUCUCAUUGCCCGACCCCUCCGUGCCCCCAAGAAGAAGAAGAAGGCUGCUGCCGCUGCCGCCGAGACCAAGGCUUAAGAGCUGAGUGCGCCUUGGUUCGAGGACAGCGUUGGGGAGAGGCCCCGUAAAGCGGAGGAAGCAGGUUAGAAGCACAAUUUGAAUUCCAAAAAUAAGCAAAGAAUCAAUGCAUUAACCAUAGCCAACUCGAAAGCUUUUCCGGACAUAAAGGGUUUCGUUUCGAUGAUUUUGUCGUGAACAUGUAGAUGUAGGCGUUUGCGAGAUGAAGACAAUGCGCAAGUAUCGAAGGGGCCGAUAAAGUCUGGCAAAGACCCUUUUGCAAGCACUACUGAUCUUUACCGCUCUCCCUUGACGUGUACACCUCCAAUACAACGCCUGUAAUACCAAAUCUGG